GAAGGUGGCGGUAGUGCGCAGCCACCUCGGCCGCGAGCCCUCGGUCAAAAUCAAAGAAGAAGCCCUGUCACCGUGCGGGGAAGUCGGCAGCUCUCGUCCUCACCGUCGGGCUCUCUGGGUAAAGAUGCAGACACCAGCGGAGUCGAUCAUCCACAGCGGCUAUUUCCACCCGACCCUCCGUUACUGGCAGACAUGUGUCGCCGAUUUAAGACCUGACAAUCUCAUCUACCCAAUCUUCAUUACAGACAGUGCAGAUGCAGUGGAGCCCAUUGGCAGCCUGCCAGGACAGGCCAGAUACGGGGUAAACAAGGUGGAGGGCAUGUUGCGGCCGCUCGUGGAGAAUGGCUUGAAAUGUGUGCUGAUAUUUGGUGUCCCUGCAAAAAUAGCAAAGGAUGACAGGGGUUCAGGUGCCGACACAGAUGACACGCCGGCUGUACUGGCAGUGAAGAAGAUCCGAUCUUUGUUCCCAGAUCUGCUGGUGGCGUGCGACGUCUGCUUGUGUCCGUACACAUCACAUGGACACUGUGGUAUCCUGAACGAUGACGGUACUCUGAAUAAUGACGCCAGCUGCCUGCGCUUGGCGGAAGUGGCGCUUGCCUACGCUCGAGCUGGCUGUCACAUCAUCGCUCCCUCUGACAUGAUGGAUGGAAGAGUGAGAGCCAUAAAACAAGCCCUGAUAUCCAAUGGUUUGGGAAACAAGGCUUCAGUGCUGAGCUACAGUGCAAAGUUUGCCUCGUGUUAUUACGGACCUUUCAGAGAUGCUGCACAGUCCAAACCUGCAUUUGGGGACAGACGCUGCUAUCAGCUGCCUCCCGGAGCGAGAGGACUCGCCAUUCGAGCUGUGGAGCGAGACGUGAGAGAAGGAGCUGAUAUGCUGAUGGUGAAACCAGGUCUACCGUAUCUGGACAUCGUAAGAGAAGUGAAGGACAAGUUCCCCACUCACCCUCUGGCGGUGUACAACGUGUCAGGGGAGUUUGCCAUGAUGUGGCAUGGAGCGCAGGCUGGAGCGUUCGACUUGCGGGCCGCUGUGAUGGAGUCCAUGACCGCCUUCCGCAGGGCAGGUGCUGACAUCAUCAUCACCUAUUACACCCCUCAGCUGCUCAGCUGGCUGAAGGAGUAAAGGGACUGAUCUGAGGCCAAAGGAUGGGCGGACACAGAGACGAACCAGCGGACUCCUUUUUAAAAAGUACUAACCUGCUGUAGACUCAAUCUUGCUAACACAAAGCACUAAGGGAAAUACAAUCAUAAAAACAAGCAGCCUGUUUAUUUUGACGGCUUUAUUGAACUUUUUCUGUUCAGUUCCGAGGUAACAGUUCACAUAACGGGAUGCACAUGUUUAUUUGUGUAUCAGGUUGAUUUGCAGCAGUGAUUAUUUUUAAAGAGUCCUCUUUCCAAGUUAUAUUUUAUAUUGAAGCUUUUGAAGGGCUAACAUAGAGUAGAACACUGAGAAUGUAAAACUUGAUUUCUAUCAGAAUAUGUCUCAUGUGUGUCAUUAGGAUCAGCAUUAAAUGUAGUCAUUUCUCUUAACUAACGUGAUUAUGGAAUGUAUAUUUGUAUGAAUCGUGGCCACACAAAUGUCUGAUAUGUAUGUAUGUCAUUCCCUAACAAGCUCUUCUUGACCAGGAAAAAAAUAAAAUCAUUCACUCAGA